AUGGCAGAGAGAUCCAAUAGUCCAAAAUUCGAGAGACCCGAAGUGUACUCGGGCUCGUCCUGCGGCCGCGAGCGCCAGAGCGAGCGCCUGGAGAAGCUCGCGGCCGGGCCCCGCCACCACUACGAGGUCGACGCGGACCCGGUCGCCGUGUCCACGGAGGAGCUGACGUCACAGCAGUUCGAGUCCCAACCCUCCAGCGGGCGUCAGUCCGUCGCGUCGAUCUCGUCUUCUUCGUCGUGCAACGAGACGCUAACUCCUCGCGGAUCGUGGGCUUCCCUGGACCUUAGAAGUUCCUCCUCCGACCCGCUCCUGCCGGACUUGUUUGAACGGCGACCGCCGGAGCAAAUGGACGCUGCCAAUGAGGCUAAGAGGUUGGAGAACAGACAACCUGACCUGCUAGGCCUGUACACUCCGUACCUCGACGAGGAUGAGGCGGUGGAGAGGAGACUGGCUGCCGAAAUGCCCAGCGAGGUCAUGGGCCACAGGAUCCUGGUCAAUUGCCAUCAGUUGAAGUAAGUUAUACCACGGUUAUACC